GUGCGCGCGCGCCAGGUAGACGUCACAGCUCGCCGCGCGCGAGCGCGAGAGAGAGAGAGCCAGCCACACUUCCUCAAACGACGGAAUCAGAGCGAGGACGGCGGCGGGGAGAGCACGAAGUUUGCUCGAGCUCGCGGAACGCGCUGAGGCGGACGUCCACGCGCCCUUUUAGUCGAACUUUUCCCGAACUGCAGGAAGUUUUUUAAACCCACCGAAGGUGACCAUUGGACCUGCCACAAUGGCUCCUUUCUUGAGGAUCGCCUUUAACUCGUACGACUUGGGCAUUCUGCCUCCCUCGGCGGAUCAGCCCUUCUGUGCGAUCAAGAUGAAAGAAGCUUUAACAACUGAGCGAGGCAAGACCUUGAUCCAGAAAAAGCCCACCAUGUAUCCAGCCUGGAAGGCCAGUUUUGAUGCACACAUAUACGAGGGUCGAGUGCUGGAGGUGCUGCUGAUGAAGACGGCGGACGAGCCGCUGGCAGAGGUCUCUGUGGGCGUGUCUGUCCUCGCCGAGCGCUGCAAGAAAGCUAACGGACGGGCGGAAUUCUGGGUGGAUCUUCAUCCCUCUGGAAAAGUGAUGAUGGCGGUGCAGUACUUCCUGGAGGGUGUCGAUGCAGAGAGUAAACAAGCGGCGAAAGAGGAGGAAGCUCCGACUCUGAACCGGCGACGAGGAGCCAUCAAGCAGGCCAAGAUCCAUUUCAUCAAGAACCACGAGUUCAUCGCCACCUUCUUCCGACAGCCCACUUUCUGCUCGGUGUGCAGAGAGUUUGUCUGGGGACUCAACAAGCAAGGCUAUAAAUGUAGACAAUGCAAUGCGGCGAUCCACAAGAAGUGCAUAGACAAAAUCAUCGGCAGAUGUACCGGGACGGCUGCCAACAGUCGGGAUACUGUGUUUCAAAAGGAGCGUUUUAAAAUCGACAUGCCGCAUCGUUUCAAAACCAACAAUUACAUGAGUCCCACCUUCUGCGAUCACUGCGGGAGCCUGCUGUGGGGUCUGGUCAAACAGGGCCUGAAGUGUGAAGACUGCGGCCUGAACGUCCACCAUAAGUGUCAAACUAAAGUCGCAAACCUUUGUGGGAUUAACCAGAAGUUACUAGCUGAGGCGCUAACACAAGUCAGUCAGAAAUCCUCCACUCGCCGCUCAGAUCCAAACCUUCCUCCAAUGCCGGAUAUUGGAAUAUACGAUGAAGUAAACAAGCUUGCUGGGCUUGAGAUCGAAACGUCUCCCUACGGCCGACUGUGGGAAGGGUCCAGCCCACGGCCACAAUCGCGCUUAACCCACCUGACUCGCGUUAAUGUGGACAACUUCGUCUUCCACAAAGUGUUGGGAAAAGGCAGCUUUGGAAAGGUCCUCCUAGCAGAGCUGAAGGGCUGUGGAGAGUAUUUUGCAGUGAAAGCUCUGAAGAAGGAGGUGGUGCUGAUGGAUGAUGACGUGGAGUGCACCAUGGUGGAGAAGAGGGUCUUGGCUCUGGCCUGGGAGAACCCCUUCCUCACACACCUUUACUCCACCUUCCAGACUAAGGAACAUCUGUUCUUCGUAAUGGAGUACCUAAACGGAGGUGACCUGAUGUUUCAUAUUCAGGAAAAAGGUCGUUUUGACCUCAACAGAGCCACGUUCUACUCGGCUGAGAUCGUUUGUGGUCUUCAGUUCUUGCAUUCCAAAGGGAUCAUCUACAGAGAUCUAAAGUUAGACAAUGUGAUGCUGAAUCAUGAGGGUCACAUCAAAAUUGCUGACUUCGGCAUGUGCAAGGAGAACGUGUUUGGAGAUAAUCGCGCCACAACCUUCUGUGGGACUCCGGACUACAUCGCCCCAGAGAUUCUGCUGGGACAGAAGUACUCCUUCUCCGUGGACUGGUGGUCGUUCGGGGUUCUGCUGUACGAGAUGCUGGUGGGUCAGUCACCGUUCCAUGGAGAUGACGAGGACGAGCUGUUUGAGUCGAUCCGCAUGGACACGCCCCACUACCCCCGCUGGAUCAACAAGGAGGCCAAAGACCUGCUGGAGCAGCUGUUUGACAGGGAGCCCACACACAGGCUGGGAGUCGUGGGCAACAUCCGGCAACACUCCUUCUUCAAAAGCAUCAACUGGCAAGCCUUGGAAAAGAGGGAGGUGGAACCCCCGUUCAAGCCCAAAGUGAAAGCCCCCAACGACUGCAGUAACUUUGACCGGGAGUUCCUGAGCGAGAAGCCGCGGCUGUCCCACAGUGAGAAGAACUUUAUAGACUCCAUGGAUCAGUCGGCGUUUUCGGGAUUCUCCUUCAUAAACCCCAAGAUGGAGCGCCUUUUAGAGAACUGAGCCGUCCGAAAACGAGACUUCAGGGGUAUUUAUGGGGUAGUGAAUGGAUGAUCCUCCGUCAGUAUUUGUGCAACAUCAUUUCAAACUUCCUCUCUCAGCUUUGGGUACGAAAUAAAUCCGCCUGUAUGCUGUAUAGUUUGAUGUUAUUGUAUUUUUAGCAUGCUUUUUAAUAGUCUAUGGAAUCCUGUGUGAGUAUUAAUAUGAAAUAUUCUUACAUUUCACACAACAUCAUCUGACACCAUGUGGUGUUGCCUUUAAUUGCAUUUUAGCCGUUCAGAAGUAGAUGGAAAGGUAUGUAAUAUAUACAGUUUUAUUAUGUAAAUGAGGCAUGUAUAUGAACAACAAAAUGCAGUUCUACAAACUAUAAACUAAUGAAUGUUAGCGUCUCUUCUUGCAUUGUAUGUCAUACGUUUCAGAGCUGUAACUGUCAGAAAUAGUUGUAUUUGUACAGUUGGCAAAAUGUAAAUAUUUAAUACAAACGUCGUUUUCAUUUGAGCAGAAAGUUUGUUUUGGGAGAAAGGUGUGCAGCCACAGGUACAAGAAGAAAUGUAACAUAGGCCUACUUUGUGGUUAGAAUAUCAAUCUGUAUAGAAACUAUGAAAUUAUGUUUUAAAGUGCAUGUUGAGAUGUUUGUUUUUAUUAUGUUUUAAUUAUUAUCCCCAUGCUUUACUUCUGAUUAAAUACUACUAGCUAUA